AUGGAGCCCGAGUUACGCUUUUCCUCGCCCCAACCUGCAUUGACCCAGGACACCGCCACGCCGUCAGGAGACAGGAGAAAAUCCAGUCGGGCGACGCGCAAACCCGCAUUAUUCUCACAAUCUUAUAGCGAUGCCAAUGGUGCGACCGCAGGCGGCGCCAAACGAAAACGAACAACUACCGGCGACGAAAACGAAGAUGGGACUCAAGACGCGUCGGAGCCAGAAAGCGAGGAAGUAGAGGAUGAUGAUGAGCCUGAUGAGGAGGAAUUACGAGAGCAGAGGCGCGCUGCACGCAGAGCAUCUUCCAAGAAAGCAUCUUCGGGGACGAAAAGCAAGCCCAAGUCGCAAGGGCCUCGCAGCGCGAAGAAGCCCAAAGUAACUGGGAAUGGGAUAGGAAACCAGCUGCCUCUGCGGCCCGCUACGAACGGUAAAAAGCCUGCGUCGCGGCCGAAAAGACCGCAGGUACGACCGAGUUUGGCUGCUGGCGAGAGUGGUCUUUAUGCGGAGGUCUUCGGCAAGGGACGUAACGCGGAAACUGUCGCGGCAGAAUGGCUCACACGGUAUCAGGAGUCGCAGACCACUGCGAUGCGCGAUUUGGUCAAUUUGGUGCUUAGGUCUUCGGGAACAGACAUCCUGGUCUCAACAGAGGACAUCGAAGAUGUUGACCAUAUAUCACAGCGCGUUACGGAUGUUCAGGACGAAUAUGCUGCUGGGGGCAUUUCCGACUAUCCUUUGAUCUCCAAGUCUCGAAAAUACAGGUCUUUCCAGCCCGUUUUGGAAAACUUUUUCGUGGCUCUGAUGCAGACCUUGCACCAUUCUUCGAUUCUCUACGACGACAAAGUCCUUUACGAAAAUCUCCAGUCUUGGCUGUCAUCGCUUUCUUCUUCUAACUGUAGACCUUUCAGACACACCGCAACCGUUGUCGCUUUAUCAAACAUGAAUGCCCUCUGCGACAUUGCGCGCGAGGUGGUGACUUCGGUUUCAACUUCCCGAAAACAGCUGGAAAACGAAAGAAAGAAGAAAACGGUCAACAAAGGCCGGGCUGACGCGAUCAAGGUGUCUAUCCAAGAAGGCGAAGCUAAGCUUGAACUCAUAGACGACCUUCUUAAGGACGGAGUGAAUAUCAUCUUCGUCAACCGCUACCGGGACGUUGACCCAAAAAUUCGUGCAGAGAGCAUAGCGGCGCUAGGACGGUGGAUGCGCAGUUACAGGGAAUACUUUUUCGAGGGCCAGUUCCUUCGGUAUUGUGGUUGGAUCAUAUCCGACAGCGAUGUCCAUACGCGGUCCGUUGCACUACAACAGCUUUUGAGCAUAUACUCGAAUAAAGACAACAUUGCUGGUGUGCGUUCCUUCACUGAGCGUUUCCGCCACCGGUUUGUGGAAAUAGCCACUCACGAUUCGGACGUUGGGAUGCGUACCAUGGCGAUUGAGCUGCUUGAUCUGAUUCGGGAUGCUGGACUAAUCGAGCCUGCUGAUGUCGACACUAUCGGCAAACUCAUCUUCGACUCCGAGGCGCGCGUGCGCAAGGCGGCGGGCCCCUUCUUUGUCGCAAAUGUCCAGGAUGUUUUCGACUCAACGGUUGAGGAGGUUGCGGAUGAGAUAAAUGAAGUAUUUGGUGAUGAUGAGGACGAAGAUGAUUUUGAGUCACCGAAACGUUCAUGGAUCAAGUUCAAAUGCCUUGCAGACAUCAUUCAGGCUUAUGAUACUCCAGAAGACGAAUCUACCCCUGAACUUAACAUCAAGUCUCGUGAUGCCCUUUCGGGUAUCUCGGUGGAUUCACGAUUUGUGCUUGCCACCGAAGCUAUCUACCCGGUCUUUAGUGAGCUGACAAGUUGGCAAUCUCUGGCCGGCUACCUUCUUUUUGAUCAUUCUCAGAUCGACGAUGAACCCAGUGACGAUGACACCAGCGGGAUGGUCAAAAAGCUGUACAAGAUGCAGGAGGGCCAGGAAGUAAUCCUACUGGAGGUGCUAUGUUGUGCUGUUAAACUCCGGAUCCUCGACGUUGCAAAAUCUGAUAUUGACAAGCGGGGCCGAAAGAUCAAGGCACUGACCGACAGAAUCCCGGAGCUACAGGAGGAAAUCGCUCAUGGCCUUGCUCAAAUCAUCCCGCAGCUUCUGAACAAAUUUGGUUCUACACCUGAAGCCGCUGCUGCGGUUCUCCGAUUGGAGCACUUUGUGGACCUUGAUAAGAUUCAAGAUCUUCAAAAAGACGCAACGGCCUACACGUCCUUGCUGAAUGACAUCAACAAGCAGUUCCUGACCCAUUCCGACCAAGAUGUCCUAUCUGAAGCUAGCGUUGCUUUCCUCCAUGCGAAGAGCUCAGAUGAUAUGCGCGAAGCGUUGGAGAGCAAAAUUCAAGAACUUUGGGAUGACAUGGUCGAUACCCUCGGCAGGCUCUCUCAACAAAAAGAAGUGACGAGUGACGACCCAUUACCGCCUUCAGUCUUGAGCGAGCUCAAUAACACUGUGACCAGGAUCUCUAAUCUUUCUAGUGUGACGGAUUGCACACAGAUCCUAGAGACACCUCCCUCCAGCCGGUCGAAGGGACGGAGUAAAAAGGACUCAGAAGCUCUGUUCAACACAAUGUUGCAACUGGUGCAACGAGGCUUAAGGGUGGAAACACCGAUAGAAUCCGAUGAAGACGAGGACGGAGCGAGAGCAGAGACUGAGGUGGUAAUUAACAGUAUCAGGACGCUCUUGUUCUACUUCAUGUGGAAAGUACAAACUCUACGAGGGUCCUUACAGUCUGGAAAGGCAAAAUUCACGACAUCCUAUUUCGAGGCUCUGACGAAGAGCCGAGAGUUGUUCGUGGAGGCUCUUGUUGAUAUCAUGAAACAGCGGUCCGGAUUGGACGAUGUGCGCUUCGCCGCUACUACCACUCUUCUGGAUCUCCAGACCCUGUUUGGUACAUUGCGGAACAUUGGCCCCGGCGCUGGCAAUGAUGAAGAUACCAUCUUCCAGACCCAAAGCCUAGUACAUGAGUUCGACGACAAUGUCCAGACACUGAUAACGAAGAUUCACGGGAUUGCUCUGAGAACACACGCGAAGAAGUCACGCGUUCCCUUCGAACCUGCAGAGGACGAUGCUCCAGCCUCCGAUUCGGAGCUCGAAAGGGAGCCUGAGGAGGAGGACGAGGAGGGUGAUCAGGCGCUCCGCGAUGAGCGGCUGCGAACAAAAAUCGUCGCAGAGCAGCGACUAUGCGAACUUACCGCAAAGCUCGUACUCGCCAUCAUUGGACGCAUCAUCGAUUCCUCUGGGCAGUUGAAGAAGAAGCUGCUGAAGCAUAAGACCCAGCUUGGUCCGAACUACCGCGAGGUUUUGGUUUACCUCGAAGACCGGCCCGCAAAACGCGCCGCUUCGCGUCCUGCUCCGUCUAAAGAGAAGCAAUCUGCUGCGCAAAGCGCAGAUAAACUCCAAGCUGGACCUGCACCCAGCAAGGGCCCUGCACAGGCCAAGUCCACUGAAAGGGUCGAUGAAGAGUCUGACGAGGAGCAGCAGCGAGCCAGUGACGAAGAGAUGGAGGAAGAUAACAUCGCCAUCGACAAGGAUAACGAUGAAGACGAAGAAAACGAGCUCGCAGCCCCCGAGCCAGAUGACGAUGAGAUCAUGGGUGAUUGA